UUGGCUUUCAUGGAGCCGAAUGAUUGGUGAUACGGGCUACCGGACCGAUUUGCACUAUUGAAUGAGAGGGAAAACUCAAGAUUUCUUUAAACCCGUACUACGGCGUAAAAGUAUAGUUUUUUUCCGAGUUUUCCAGAGGCAAGAUUAAUUUUAAUCUAAUCUCUAUUCUCCUACAUCGAUGAGUGCUUCUGAUCUGUCUCCUCUCCGAUAAUCCUCCACUGCCCACCGUACUCUGUUCGAUUGUUUUGCGUUAUCUUUAUACCCAGUUACCCACAGAAGUAUAUAAGUCAGGGGUGUUUAGGAGUUUUGGAAUGUCACAGAGCAGUAGUGAAAACAGUCGAGGUGCGGCGAUUGCUUCUGACUUCCAUUUGUCGGACGAGGUGUUAUCGGUUAUCCCGACUGACCCGUAUGAGCAGUUGGAUCUGGCUCGGAAAAUCACUUCAAUGGCGAUUGCGUCCCGCGUGACGAAGCUGGAGUCAGAGGUGGGACGGCUUCGAGGAAUGCUUCAUGACAAGGACCGUGCUAUUGUUGAGCUCGAGGAUAAGGUCUCCCAUCUCGAGCAAAGCUAUCAGGAAUCCGAAUUACGAUUGAAAAUCACCCGUGAAGACAAUAUGAAGCUUUUGAAGGAGAGGGAUACACUGGCUUUGACGGCAAAGAAGCUUGGUCGUGAUUUAGAAAAGCUGGAGUUGUUCAAGAGGCAAUUGAUGCAAUCUCUGAGUGAAGACAAUUCAACUCAAUCAGAAGCAGUUGAUAUUGGCACUUAUGAUCAAUUAGCUGCAAAGUCACUUUCUCCUAAAGAUGCUGCUAAUGGCUACAUCUCACAAUAUGCCUUUAAUGGGGCUAAAGAGAGUGCAGGUGUCAAUGAUGAUGCAUCAAAACAAUCUAUUCAAAGAUUUGCUGUGACGCCUUACAUAACUCCCCGGCUUACCCCAACUGGAACGCCAAAGGUAGCAUCAGCUAGUGUAUCUCCCAGGCGAUAUUCUGCUGCUGAGUCUCCUCACAUAGCAUCUGGCGCAACAUCACCCACAAAUUCUCAUUACGAGGGUCGGGGCUCAAUGUCGUCUUUUUUUCCAUCAAGCCAGCAAUCUUCAGCUGCAAACUCACCACCAAGAUCACGCCCUACGUCAGCUCAAACUCCUCGAAUAGAUGGGAAGGAGUUCUUUCGUCAAGCCAGGAGUCGUCUAUCCUAUGAGCAGUUCAGUGCAUUUUUGGCGAACAUAAAGGAGUUAAAUGCACAUAAGCAAUCUCGUGAGGAAACUUUGAGGAAAGCGGAAGAUAUAUUUGGCAAGGAUAACAAGGAUCUUUAUACAUUGUUCCAAGGUUUGCUUAACCGCAAUGCACGAUAGAAUUGUACCUGUAGCUUAUAUUCAUGUGUUUAUCCCUCCCUUCAUGUUGGUUGCUUAGGUUUUCGUGUUCUUUUUUUCUUGGUAGACACUCUAUCCGUGCUUAUCUCUCCCAUCGAAAGAUUUGUAACACAAAACUUGUUCAGUUGAUCAGAGAUUCAUCAUCAGCAAUAAUGUUUAUGAGUUAGGCUCUGUUUGGUUCCAUGAUUCAGCUUGUUGUUCGUAUCUGCAAAAUAAUCAGAAACCUCGCUUAUUUUAGCCAAAUAGCCCAUACCAAACAAGGGUUUGUGGUAAAAUUUAUGGCUUUAAUGAGGUGGAAAAGGUUUGGUGAUGUUCUUUUACGGGAAAGGGAUUGAAGGUGUACUUUAAAGAAAUUAUAUUGAAAAAUUACAAAAAAUAAACUUACCAUUUUAAAAAAAAGUUCAUUUAGAUUAAAAAUUACGCCUGAAAAAUUAUACAAAAUUUUUUUUUAUUACUUUAAAAAAGCAUUCAUAUUGAAUGCAAUCAUAUUUUGUAGGCAUGGACUCGGGCCGGGCCUAGGCCCGGUCGGGCUGCCGGUUUGUAACACAUGGACCUGGAACCGGCCCGAGGUUUGGACGGGUCCGGUUCGGGCCGGGCCACUUGCCCGGGUCACGGGUUCGGGCCACCCGUCCGGGUCACAGGUUCGGGCCACCCGCCGGGCCGGGUCGGGCCGGUUAAAACUAUUUUUUUUUUAAAUUUAUACUUUAUAGUUUUAUACAAGUAUUUAAAACAAACUUCAAGUGCAUUUAUUUGAAAUGAAAUAGGAACUACAUUUGAAAAUUAAGAGAAACAUACAAUAUGAAAUACAUUUUGUAAAUUGUAAUCAAUCGGAACUUCCCGCACCUCCCGAUCCUUUGGCUUUGUCACAUUACUUAAUAUGCUUCAUUGUCAUUCCAUAUCCGCCUAGGGAUGGACUCAGUCCGGGCCAACCGGCUCGGAAUCGGACUGGCCCGCUAUUGUGCGGGCCUGGACCGGCCCGGUGAACCGGUUGGUGCCCGGUUCGGGCCACCCGGCCCGGUCUUCUAACGGUUCGGUCCCGGGCCUCCAGUUUAGUGAACCGGCCCGGUCCGGGCCGCAACGGUCACAUUUUAAUUUUUUUUUAUUAUUUAAAUACUAGAAGGCUCCAUAGUCGUUGGGAG